AUGACGAUCGGCGGCGACGACUUGCACUAUGAGCCGUUGCUUGCGUCGCCCGUCUUUGAUGCGCCGCCGACUUCGGUUCAUCGUGGACCAUUGCACCCUGGAGCAUGCUGGGAAGGAGUUCAGAAGUCCGGUCGUAACGUCUACAAGGUCAAGGUCGACAUUUCGACGUGAGUCUAUGCGCCGAGCUGGUCACCAAGCCCCGUCCGAGGCGCCGGCCAUCACGCCGUCUCGCUUCGAGUCAACUCUGACGGAGGAGGGCUGCGCCAAUUCGGCGGCGAUACUGACACCACUGCACGAUUUUUGUUUCUGUUCUGGGCAGUGUCGAUUUGAACGAGGGGAAGCUGUCGGGGAUGCUGCAAAUCCGUCACCUCACGCCUGAGCUGGAAAGUCUCGUCACCUUCUUCGAGUGGGUUCACCUCUUCCCCCCCACCGCCCAAUCUGAUGUCGGAGAAGCUGACCGUCGACCUCGACACUACGCUGCAGGGGAGAAAUCAUCGGUGACGGUACUGGAUUUUUGACCAGCAGAUGGGGAGCUACAGAGUGAGUGGUGAGACCGGGCCGGGAAGGUGCCCGUCCCCGUGAGUGCUGUAUUGCUGCAGACACUGAUGACGGUGCCCCACUUGCGCGACCAUAGAGCCGACGAUAUGAAGGUGAGGCGCGGGACAUCCUACUUAUCCUAUUGUCACCAACCUAAUGACCAAAAAUGAAGAACUGAUGAGUAUUUCGUAAUCAUUCCUUUGCAGCACUGGUCUCGAUUUCCAGCUUUCAGCAAAACCCUGCGGUCCACGCUCGUCAAGCCAAAUCUCACUUUCAAGGUACGAACCAAUGCGUUUCGCAGAGGACUCAUCAAUAUACUCACUCUUCGAUUGUGCAGCACUCGAAUCGGCCUUUUUUAUUCAUGCGCUGGAAGGAGCAGUUCGUCGUUCCCUCGUCUCAUGCGCAGAAUAUUCAUGGCGCAAGCUUCGCUGGGUGAGUUUCUCAAAUCAUACCAGGCAAAGUGAAGGUCGAUUUGAGCGUCUCGGGUUUCAAUUCAACACGCUGAUGCAUUAACGAUGCCUACAGCUUCUACUACCUGUGCCUCGACUUUGACAUGCCCGCCGAUGGAGCCCACGUCUGCCCGGAUUCGGUACGCACCUCAUCACCGCCACUCCGAGGCGCGGCUCGCAUUCGAUCGAUGUCGUCCGAGAUAUCCCGGGCAGCUCUCGGCUCCGUUGGAUCGCCGAUGCUUGUGAACUCGACCGAUCACGAAACGGUCUUUGAGGAUGAGUCCGCCGAUGGCUUGAGGCCGCCACGCCCGCAAGAAGCUCGAGCGCCGCUGUCCCGACCCGCUCAGCCACGACGUGCGAGCAACAGUGGGUUCUCUUACGCGUCCGCUGUUCGAGGUUCAUUGUCUUCGUCGCAACCUUCCGGAACGUCGACUGAUCCCGGCCGAUCGUCGUCGUUAAGCUCGGACGUUGCGAUGCCCAAAGAAGUCGAAUCGACGUCCGAAGCAGGUGUCAUCUCGGCCUCCCACGGUAGCUCAAACUUGGGGGCCACGGGUAACAUCUCGAGGUUCAAUGGCCCUUCUGAUUCUGUUCCUCUUCUCCUGUCGAAUGUGCCCUUGCCGACAAGCAUCCCGACGCCGAUCGGCACGACCGCUGACGAUUUCCCUCCACCCUCGUCGCCUCCGCUCGGAAGCCACGUGUCCUUCGGGUCCCUUCCGACGGCUCGCCACAAUAGCAUGAACUCCUCUUUCAUGUCGUCGUCUCCGCCAGCUGGCGGUGCUGCUUGGGGUGGUCGAGGUAUUCGAAACACGAUCGACGCGGCUGUUCUGGGAUCCGAAGCUGGAGAAGGGCACAGCACUCGUCAGAGAUCGCGCAGUUUCAACACGGCCCCGAAUAGGCCCCAUGUUCCGCACGAGAGAAGGUCGAGUAUAACCAACCAAAUGUCUGGGAGCGAGAAAGCGUCGACGAAUUGGGGCUACCAGAGCUGGAUGAAUUGCGAGAUCAAAGGGUUAGUGCGGGCGUGGAAAUCGAAUUCGGGCUUGGAGGACCUGACACUGAUUGAGCUGCCCUUUGGCCGAUCUGUAGAUUCUACUUUUUCCGUCACAGCGAGCCCUAUCAAGAGCUUUCACUACGAUACGUCCCCAAAGCGAGGGGCACGACUCAAGCUUUCGCGUUCCGUUGA